GAAUAUGAGUCAGCAAAAGCCAGACGGAACGCCGAGUGAUUCAUCAACCUUGCCUCCAAUUCAAACAAAAUUUUAUUGCAGAAUAUGCAAUAAGCCAUACAAAUUGCAAAGGAAUCUGAGAAACCAUAUUAAUGACAAACAUCGAGAGUUCUCAAGCGAUUUGAGUCCUUCUACGCAGCAAGCUUCUCCUUCAGCUACUCACUUGGAAUCUCCGACUGAACAUCAACAGACGCCUAGUGGGAUAAAUGAGACGCCGCCGGUGGAGUUAAUCAGUGUAAUUGGCGAGAGUGUAGUGUUGGCGCUAGAAUCAUUGUCGAAAGAGGAAAAGCUUACAGUGAAUUCGGUAUGCCAAAAACUGGGUGGGGUUUGUCAGAAGCAGGUGACUGACCAGACGACACAUCUGGUAGUAAAGAGGGUACCGGAUUCAGAUAGUGGAGGGAUUUGGAUGUGUAAAAGGACCGUGAAGUACCUCGAAGCUGUUUCCAAGGGCCUCUGGAUUGUGGAUUUCGCCUGGGUCAAAGAGUGUGCCAAGCUUGGGAGGAGAGCACAUGAAGCUGACUUCGAGAUAGAAGGAGAGACGAUGUUCGGGCUGAGUCACAGGGGACCGGCCAGGGCAAGACAGAGACGGCGAACUGGUGAAGACCUGUUGCGCUUCUGUGUCUUCCACUGUGCGGAAAAGUUUGAUCAUCGAAGUGAUAGAGCGGGGAUCGAAGUGAUAUGGAGACUCGUCAAAAAUGCUGGUGGAAUCUACGUACAAAACCGCGAAAACUUUAAAAUGGACUGCUAUGGAAAUAGACGCCGGAUAAUACUGGCGAAUGAAGACUUCUCGCCCGAUGCGAGAAAGUUGGCAGACGAGUGCUGCCUACCAUUGUUGCGCGUGGAGUGGCUAUACGAUUCAGUUAGCCGAAGCGAGUUGCUUCCACGCAAAGAUUAUUGUAUUUACAUUGAUGAAAAAAGCCAACCAGAUUUGGAUACCACAAUUCUGUCAGCGUGAAUAGACAAAAUUCCAAUACUCAAAACAAUUGAUGAAAUUGAAA